AGAGAGAGAGAGAGAGAGAGAGAGAUGGCGGCGACCACCACCACCGGAGGCGGAACCUCCGGCGAGGGCCCGAAGAUGGUGUGGAACCAGCCCCAGCAGAGGUUCGAGACGGAGGAAAAGAAGGCCUACCUCCGGUACGCGCUCCGCGACGGGGGCAGGGUGAUGGACAUCGUCCACACCUUCGUCCCGCCCUCGAAGCGGGGGCCUGGGCUUGGCCUCCCACCUCUGCGUCUCCGCAUUCCGACACACCAAGACCAACUCCAUGUCCGUCGUCCCUACCUGCUCUUACGUCUCGUGAUUUGAAGGAAUGAAGCAAUCCAACUUUGUAGUUCAAUUCCUGUUUUUGUUGUCUAGCAUCACUCGUUCUUCCUGUAACCCACAGAAUUGCUCGUGUCCGUGCUGUUUCUUUCCCUAAUCCCCUUUCUCUACUUAUAAUCAGUAG